GUCGGCGCAGGAGAGCGACUCCACCUGGUCGCAACCACGCAUGAGGCGCAAGGUAGACAUCGAAGCCCUCAAGUCUCUACGCCUGACCUGCAGACGUUUGUGUGAAACAGCAUCACCUUAUUUAGUUCCCACCGUCACUGUACACGUCACACGAAUGUCUAUCUAUCGACUGAAUGCAAUUUCUCGACAUGCGAGUAUCGGACGACGCGUGCGCUGCAUCCGUAUCGCGCUGGGCUCAAGAGAACGAACCCUCUCCGAUGGCGCCCAGCGGACUGAAUUACCAACCAAAAUUAGAUCUAGGAAAGGCUGUGUGAAAGGAAAACCUUUGGAUGAAGCCAAAGAGUGACGGAAAUAAAUGAUUCCAGCCUCCCGAACCUC